GAUAAAAGUAAUCCAAGCCUAAUAUCAUGCACUCGAUAUCAUUUGAAGUAAUAACAGUUUAACAGGGAUGUCCGGCGCACGUGAUACAGAUUUAUACGCAAUACACUGAAUAGUAAACAGAAGUUUCACUCUUAAUGCGGAAAUAUGAAUGAUUUUCCAGAUAUAAUCGAACUGAAUGUUGGAGGGACGGUUGUAACAACCCAUCAUAGCACUUUGGUCAAGGAUGAAGACAGCAUGCUUGCAGCCAUGUUUAGCGGACGUCACGUUGUUUCCAGAGACAAUGAUGGCCGCUUUUUCAUCGACUGUGAUGGCUUUCUCUUUAAGCAUAUUUUAGAAUAUUUACGUUUCGGUACAAUUCCAGCCAAUGAGCAGGCGUUAAACGUGUAUGGUUAUGCAGAAUAUUUUGGAAUAAAUGGCUUGAUUAAGGAACUGGAAGUAUUUCCUGCUGUUAGAAGUGUUCUAAGAAAACGUUCGUAUGAAGCACACUUGAAUCAUGAUUUUCAUUUGUACGAAGAAUUAAAAAAGAAAACCAUAAAAGAAAUUGAAGCCUUCUACGGUAAUGAGAAUAUUCUUAUUAGUAUUUCAAUUAAACUACCAUUGGAUGUUAACUGUCCUCAGGGUGUAAUCCCAUGUCAGCCUUUUAUUUAUGGCAACCCAAAAGCCGGUGCCUCAAAGGCUAGUGCGGAAACCAAAGUAUCAGUUUCGGUCACAAGUAAAACCUACACUGGCUGGUCUAAAUGCCUGGCAUUUGACUUGCGUGAACUUGGAUUUGCGACGUAUACAUACUAUUUAGAUUGUGAGGAAAUUCUUCGAUGCAAACGCUGUAGCAGAUUUGUUGGGAGAAUUGAAUACGUGCUGCUUGGAAACAAUAAUAUUUUAGACAUCGACAAAUCAGGUUGGCGAAAACCAUGAUUCACUAUACAUUUAAUAUUUGGCACACACUUGCAUCAUAAAGAAAUAUAAUGUUUGACAUUUAUGUGUAAAUAUUUGUGAUAUUAUAUAAUACCUUCGUUGAAAGUUCUUGUCAUUUUAAUGCGGUUGUCAUUGUGAAUACAUGUAAAUAUGUGCCCAAAGUGGGUGUCUGGUACUGAACUAGUCUACCAGAGUGCAACCGUAUCCAGUCAUAAUGAAAAUUAACCCUAACUUUUGUUAAAGCAGGACAUUUUCGUUUUAUUUCAACGGAAAAGCUUAAUUUUCUUGUAAGCUACUUAUAGAGGAGCUUUAUGCCUGUGUACAUGAAGAAUUAUAAUGCGGAAAGCGUUGUCCUGUUUUAAGUAACAGCGACCGCAAGUCCCAACCGGGAUUUGAACAGCUUCUUGUACUCGUCCGAUGUAUUUGUUAUUGUAAUUGUGCGCCACACUUCUUCUGAUCGUUCUUUAAUUUCAUGUAUAUAUAUGGUUAGAUUAUCUUCAUAAUAACUGACAUAAUGGGCGAACAAGGAAAAUAACAACGAGGCAUGAUUAGAAAUUAAUUGAGCUAGUGUUAUGAUUAUUAUGCUCAGCACUCUCAUUAGCAUUUAGCAGUAUUCAAACUUUGAAGUCAAUUCACUGUAUAGAUCUUAUGUAAUGCUGCAAAUAACAAAGAAUAAAAAUAAUAACUAGAA